UAGAACCAAAAGGGAAGUGAGGUAUAUACUACAAAAUGUGACUCGAUUUAUUGGGAAGCUGUGUAGAACAGGUUAUUCCUGAGGACCAUGACGACUGUAAUGAGGCGAACACCACAAAUGAAACGUGUGGGAACAAAAACAUUGUCUGGUGAAGACCUUCUAAACGAGAUUCAUACUAUUCGCCAUGUGUUGGAGAAAGUGGAGGAAACUAAUAGGAAAGUCUUGGAACAAAUUGAAACCCGGCAAAAGAAGACGCCAGUGCUUGAAGAUGCUCCACAGAAAAUUGAAGACAUGGGGAGCAGAGCCAGAAUGUUAACACAAAAGAUGGACACAAGGGACAAAAGUUUGAGAGAUCUAGAAAUAUCUGUAAACGUAAUGUGUGGUAGAAUCGAUGAUGUUAUAAACACAAUCGAUAAAGCUAAACAAGCAGAAGGUCAUAUAAACGAUGUUGUAAAGAAAAGGGUAACGGAAAGUAGUGUAAGGAACAGAGAAUUGAGAGACGCAAACGUCCAAAGUAAUUCUAAACUCCACGACAAGCACUUGCGAAGGACUGAUGAUCCGGCACACGUUCAAAAGAAAAAGCAAAACGAUGGAAAAAACAAACAAAGGAACACUAAGGAACAGACGCCAGAUCCCGUGGAUGACUUACCAUCAGUUGUCUGCUUAUCCGGUUUUAAAAGACGUCUGACACAAGAGGACACUGACAAUAGACAUAACGCAGACAAGCUGGCCGAACAGAGACAGCGACCACGUACUAGAGAAUCAGAUUCUGAUGAAGCUAAUGUAAACAUUAAAAACACAUAUGUCCGUAUCAAGGCACAGGAGGCUAGAUUCGAGGCAGAUUUCAAGAGGAUUCCUGGUUUAAGUGCUGACAGUCUUGUUGGAGGUGAGGGUGGCGCUCUCCUGGCUGAUCUUGUGUGGCAGCAGUGGCAUUCAUACGCUGAAGAGGAAAAAAACAAAGAUUCCCAGCGUCACAUUGUUCGAUGUAAGGGCCCUGAUGUUGUUCUGUGUUUAGACAUAUCUCAGAGCAUGGAAGGAGCACCAUUUGAGGAAAUGAUGUCGUUCGCAAUGAAAUACGUCGAAGGGGUUGAACAGGUGUCACACAUUUCUGAUCUGACAGAGAAUAUAUCAGUAACAACCUUUGGAUGUGUCACAAAAGUGUGGAUCCAUCUUACAUCCAAUUAUAGUGCCGUAAAAGCCACCCUGCGAGAAAUAUGGUCUUUGAUUCCAAGAGGUCGAAGCCCAAUUGGAGGCGGUCUACUUGUAGCCCUUGCUGGUUGUCUUGGUAACGCUGAUGUAAUCUCUGUUGGGGAAAUUCCGAUCCUCGCGAGAAUCAUCUUGAUAUCUGACGGGAAAGGUACACCUGAUCACAUCAAGACCGGACCAGAUCUGAUGAGAGCUGAGGAAGAGGACAUGCGGUCCAGUUUACGGGUCGACGGAAAUCUUCAACAAGUAUCAAAGAAUUUAAAGAAGCGACGAAACAUUGUUUAUUGUGUACCGGUGGGAAAUGCGAACACGAGAACGUUGGAAGAGAUUUCAAAAUGUACCGGAGGAAAAGUGUUCAGUCCAAUAAAACGCGACCGGUUAGUGGAUUGGUCCAAACUGACAGUCCGUGCGGCUUCGCUGUGUAAGAAAGUCCUAGAACUAGUUCCGGGCAAGAGUUCGGAAGAAACUGACGCGUUAUUAAAAGUAUUUUUGAAUGAUUAUUUACCCAUGCAGUCUCAGGAAGACAAGGAGGAUAUAGUAAGUAUAGCUGGCGAAUUAAUGAUAAAGUUAGAUGAUGCAGAAGACGAGCAUCUGACCUCAGAACACGACCCUGAUCUCCCGCCGCUUGGAACACGUGUACGGCGGGGUCCUGGCUGGCACUAUCCUGACCAUCAGGACAACAAGGGUCCAGGAACAGUUUGUAAUCAUGGAAAGACCGGCAUGGUUUGGGUGGAAUGGGACAAUUCACACAGAAACUGUUACAAUUACAAAGAUGGUAUUCGUGAGGUCGUAUCCGUGACGGAAAAGAGAGUUCUGAGAAGGGACGAAAUGAUUGCUCCCGGUUGUUAUGUCAAACGAGGUGAUAACUGGAGUAAGGGUGAUGAAGACGGAGGACCGGGGACGAUGGGCGUGGUCACCAGGGUGCAUCAACACGGAACAGUUAUUGUUCGAUGGCCAAACAAAAAAUUUAGUGAGUACAAGUUCGGGUCAGAAGGAUUGUUCGAAGUACAAGUCUGCGCGGACGAGACCCAUUCUACCCCAACACUGGAAGGAGGUUCAGAUUCAUACAUGGCACCAGACGGCGAGGGGCUUAGAAUAGAAUCUUUCCUUCCACCUCCACAAUAAUGCAGCCUAACACAGAACGUCCCGGACAGAAUCAGCACGCAGUUAAUGUUUUAACGAGACCCAUACCUAAAAAGGCCGCCGACGACAAUAAUUUCUCACUGCUGUUUUUGUAUAAUAAUAACCAUUCAUGUUGUUGAGUCAAUGACUUAUUUAGAAAACAAAAUUGCCAUGUUUUGGAAAGAAGAUAUUAUACGUGAAGAUUGUCCUGAAUUGGAUAUUUCACAUUGUUUUCUGUAUAGUCUUUAUAUUUUACAAUAAAAUUGGCUCAUAUUAGCCAGAUUAUGUAACUUUUAAGUUCAAUCAUUGAUCAUAUUAUAGUUUGUAUUGGAGCGGAAACAUUCAUA